GUCAAUGGGGAACUCCAACUAUAAGUCUUGCUGGUGUGUUUGGUAUGCUAGCGGGAGUUAUUGCUGGUGUUGUAGAGUCUAUUGGAGAUUAUUACGCAUGCGCAAGGUUAUCUGGAGCACCACCACCUCCGUCACACGCUAUGAAUCGUGGGAUUGGUGUUGAGGGCAUUGCAUGUUUUCUCGCGGGCGCUGUUGGUACUGGAAAUGCAACUACUUCGUUUAGUGAAAAUAUUGGAGCUCUAGGAAUAACUAAGGUAAGGAGAUCUAAUUAUUGUAUGCUCUAUCCAUGAUUGGCUAGAUUUCAAGUUGACAUCAGUUGGCUACAUAACAAAUUUUACGCACAUUUAUAUAUGUAUAUAUGAUUCUAUACAAAUAUUUGCAAACCAACGUGGAGCCACUCAAAUUAGGGUCAUCUCAAAGGUUUAGUGUUUAGGUACGAGUUAAACGGUUUCCCCUACCAAUCGGUUGUUGUUGCAAAUGAUCGGAUAACAUACUAGAAAUACAUGCAUGCAGCAACCCAUCGCCUCUUUUCAACUGAUGAAGUAUACAAAUUCCACUUGAAAUAUUCCAUUCCAUGUUUAACAUAAUAGUAGUCGCUAUGGUAACGUGAAAAUAAUACGAGAUAAUUUUUUAACUAAAAAAUCAUUGUUUUCAUAAUGAAACGGAUUUCCGUCUAAGACGGGAAACUCGUGUGACGGAUUUCCGUCUGAUAUGAGUAUGAAACGAAAACCAUCGGACGGAUAAACCCGAAAAAGUAGGAGACCCUCCAUCCCAGUUUCCAACGUUAGGAGCAGAAACCCGUUUUGAUUUAUUCGUCUGAUAUAAAUUUAAGACGAGUUUCCCGUCUAAAGGCGGAUUUCCAAUCCUCGCACAAAGCUCGUCGCAGCGAGUGCAUGCAUGAACACUUUCAUCCAAUCUCAAUGCUAAACAGAUGCAGCGUGCUGCAAGACCUCGCAGCGAGCUGCAAGGAGCUUUGUGCGAGGACUGGAAAUCCGCCUUAAGACGAGAAACUCGUCUAAGUUUCUCGUCGUUCAGACGGCAAAGUUAGACGGAAAAGUUGAUAACCGAAUUUAUUUCUGGACGAGUUUCCCGUCUCAGACCGACAUCCGUCCUCUAAUCAUAGGAAUCCCAAUAAAUAUAGUUGUAACAAAUAAAAAGCGUUAA